AUGAGUUGCCUGUAUGUUUUCUUAUCACCAGUGGUAGAGAAGAGUAUAUCUUCACUUUUUGGAUUUGGAAAAGACUAUGCAACUCUAGUUUCAUAUGUUCCUAAAAAAAGAAAAGUUGUCUUAUUGUUGUCAACAAUGCAUCAAAGCAAUGCAAUUGACCCAGAAAUAGGCGAUAAGAAAAAAACCGAAGCUAUAACGUUUUAUAACGCAACAAAGAGUGGAGUAGACACAGUCAAUGAAAUGUCAGGCAGCUACUCUGUUGCAAGAAAAAGUCAGAGAUGGCCACUGACAGUAUUCUAUAACAUGUUGAAUAUAGCAGCAAUAAACACCCUUAUUAUAGUUGCACGUAACAAAAAUCGCAAAUGCCACCCUAUUAUACGGAGAAAGUUCUUGAAAGAGUUAGCUUUAGGUCUGGUAAAGCCCUACAUAAAAUGCCGUUUCAAACCGCCAAAUCUGAACAUAAAGCUAAAAAGUGACAUACUAGAACUUAUAAAAGAACCAGAUGACAAUCCUGAAAAUACAGAAAAAAAUAUAGAAUCUUCAAAUAAAAGAAAAAGGUGUGGAAAAUGCCCAAGGACUGGAAAUAAGACUUCCAAUUACUGUGCAAUUUGUGAAACUCCAAUUUGUGGAAAGCAUGGAAAACUCACAUGUUAUGACUGCCUAAAACAGGCAUAA